AUGUCUGAUUCAACGGUUGAGAUGUUGAUUCUGCCAAAGUCGAAGCGAGGAAGGCUUAGCAAGAGUGAAAGUGAGAGUGUGAGUGAUGAAGAGAACAAAGACAAGCUCAGUGAUUUGCCUGAUUGCAUUCUCCUUCACAUUUUGUCAUUGGUGAGCACCAAAUACGCGGUGCGAACUUGCAUAUUGUCCACGAGAUGGAAGGAUCUCUGGAAGUGUCUUCCUUCGCUCAUUUUACUUUCCUCAGACUUUUCGACAUUGAAGAUUUUCACCAAAUUCGUUGCUAAGCUUUUCGAACUUCGUGAUCGCUCACUCCCACUGCACAACUUUGAUUUUAACCGUCAUGGUUCUAUUGAGUAUAUUGUCCACAGACGGGUAGUAGACUAUGCUUUGUCUCUAUAUGUCCAGCGAUUGGCAAUGACUGUGGAAUAUGAUUAUUAUCUCCUUGCUCGCAUUUUUUCAUGCCAGUCUUUAACCUCUCUCAAGCUUUCAGUUCACCCUGGGCGAUUUAAUACUCUUCGCACUUUAUUUCCGAGAGCUUCAUGUCUGAAUUUGCCAGCAUUAACCAGCUUGCAUCUGGAUUGUUUCACCUUCAGCGGGAGUGGCAAUGGCAUAGUUGAGCCAUUUUCGGCCUUUCAGAAGUUGCAUAGUUUGAUCAUUGACCAUUGUACGGUACAGGAUGCACAAACCUUCUGCAUCUCAAGUACAACGCUUGUUGAUGUAACUAUUAUUAAUCCUUUUGGGGGCUUUAAAAAAAUUGAGCUCUCUGCACCAAGUCUUCGAAGGUUUGAUUUUACUGGCUCCUCUCCUUCUCAGCGGCUUUGUGGGAGCAGUCUUUCUUCGGUUAAAGAAUUAAGUAUUCAUGCAGAUAUGAGCUACUAUUCCCCAGACCCUCCUUUGGUUGUACUCAGCUGGCUGGAAGAGCUUACUAAUAUCAAAUCAUUGACAGUUUCUACAGAUACUCUUCAGGUUCUCUUCUUAAUUCCUGACUUAGUGAACCGUAAGCUCCCUUUCUUAAGUAACUUGAAGUCAUUGAAAGUUGAAGUGCUGCAGCUACUUUCAUUUCCGCUUCAAAUGGCAAUGGUAGUUGCAAAGAGAAAGAAAGCCGCUACUGAGUCACGGAGAGAACGUGCACCGAUACCUGCUGGAAUAGUGGACUUUUUGCUUCAAAACUCACCAACAGCAAAAGUUGAGACCAAAAUGUGCUAAAGGUAAAAUUGGCAUUCAACUUUUUGAA